AUAAACCCCUCACACUAUUAUCUUCUAACCACUCAGUUCUCAAUUCUCAUAUUAUUAACACACUAUCAACAAGUUCGAUCAUCUUUUCAAGUUUAAUUAUAAACUCAUUCAGUUUUAAAUUAAUUCCGAUUUAAAUUCGAUAGUAAUGGCCGACUACCACCACGAGACCAAGGUCGUCGUCGAUGAGCCAUGCGAAGCUCCCGUCACCGCCGCCGCCGCCGUCGUCGAUGAGCCAUGCGAAGCUCCCGUUGCCACCGCUCGCGUUGUCUCCCCUAAGGCUGAGGAUUACACGACGGAGGCGGAGGCGACAAGCACCGACCGCGGCUUGUUCGGUUUCAUGGGGAAGAAAAAGGAGGAGGAGGAGGAGAAGUGCGAGGAGGAGGUUGUGAUCGCCGCCGCCUUCGAAGAGAAAGUCCAGGUCUGCGAAGAAGAGAAGGUGGUGCCGGAGGAGGAGAAGAAGCACGUCAGUCUCCUCGAGAAACUCCACCGCAGCGACAGCUCUAGCAGCUCCUCGAGUGAGGAAGAAGUGGAGGAGAAUGGCGAGAAGAUCAAGAGGAAGAAGAAGAAGGGUUUGAAGGAAAAGAUCUUCGGAGAAAAAAAGGAAGAAGAAGUAAAGUGUGAAGACACCACUUCCGUACCGGUUGAGAAGUACGACGACGUCGUUCCGACUUCCUACGAACACGAGGAGAAGAAAGGGUUUCUAGAAAAGAUCAAGGAGAAGCUUCCAGGUGGCAAGAAGACCGAGGAGGUGGUGGUGGUUGUUCCGCCGCCGGUGCCGGUGGCGGAGGAGUGCGCCACCACACCGGAGGGCCACGAGGGCAAAGAAAAGAAGGGGUUCUUGGAAAAGAUUAAGGAGAAGAUUCCCGGGUACCACCCCAAGAGCGAGGAAGAGAAAGAGAAAGAGAAGAAAGAAAUAAAGGAAAAGGAAGUGGACUGCUAAAUAAUUAUUUAAAAGUUAAAUAAAAAUGUUUGUUUUUGCGCUGUAAUUUCAUUAUUGAUUUGUGCUUUUGAAAGUGUCGUUAUUAUGCUGUUUGUGGUGGCUUUGUUGGAUGUGUGCUUUCACUUUCUUUUUUUCUUGUGUUCUUUAUUUUAAUUUAUUUUGGGUUUUUAUUUGGUUGGAAAAUAAUAUAUGCAAGUGCUUGUAUUUGUAUAUGUACUUAUAUUAUACGCAUGAAUCGAAUUUGUUUCGGUGUUUA